AUGACGACGUGUGGGUCCGACCAUCAACAAGACGGCUCUUCUGUACGAUACUAUAGCAAUCGUGAUCAACAACAACAUGACGAUACAGCCCGUUUGUACACUUGCCCACUCAACUCAUGUGGCAAACUAUUUAAACGGUUGGAGCACUUGAAGCGUCACUUGAGAACGCAUACAAUGGAACGCCCAUACUUGUGCGGCUUGUGCGGCAAACGCUUCUCUCGAUCCGAUAACUUGGCGCAGCACAAAAAGACCCACGAACGG